GGUAUCUGUUUGCGAACGUCAGUUGCUCCGCGGCGUUCAACAAUCGAGAUUGACAUUUUGACGUACGCGCGGUAUUUGUUUGGCGCGAGAUGUCAUCCAACAUAAUAAACGAUAAUUAUCAAAAUGAUACGAAGUUGAAUAGUUUGAGUGCUUCGUUCGCGGAUAAAACUUUAACACCGUUGAAUGGGAGGUAUAGGUCGAAAAGUCUGUCAAGUGAUAAAUUAAACAAGGCGAAUAAUGCAGAUCGUGCAGCUAUUUUAGAGGAUGUGGACGCGGAAUACGUGACAGAAAAUUCUGAAACUCCUGGUUGUUUAGUUAUUAAAAAGGGAAUUAUGGACCAAGAAGCGCAGUCUACACUAAAUGGCUACAAAGAUGGCAAAGCGUCGUACGGCACGGAGAGCCCGGCGCGAGGCAGGCGUGUCAUAUUCUGCGUACACGGCAACCCCUCCACGGGAUGCUGUGCGGUGAUCGAGACGAACCCGGACGGUGAUGAGACAGGCAACGGCAGUAUUAGCGAAGUGGAACGGCAUUGUCACAGAUCGCGCAAUGAAGAAAUAGACAAACGGGCCAGAAGAAAACUUAUUAUAGCCAGUAUACUGUGCGUCGUGUUUAUGAUUGGUGAAAUUGUCGGUGGUUAUCUAUCAAACAGUUUGGCCAUAGCUACAGACGCGGCGCACUUGCUGACCGACUUCGCAAGUUUCAUGAUAUCGCUGUUUUCUUUAUGGGUGGCUAGCAGGCCGGCUACCAGGAGGAUGCCAUUCGGCUGGUACCGUGCCGAAGUCAUAGGAGCACUAACAUCAGUCCUGCUCAUAUGGGUGGUGACCGGUGUGCUGGUGUACAUGGCCGUGCAACGAGUCAUAUACGAGCAGUUCGAGAUCGACGCGACUGUUAUGUUGAUCACCUCUGCCGUGGGGGUCGCUGUUAACCUCGUUAUGGGACUCACACUCCAUCAGCACGGGCACAGUCACGGCGGCGGGCAUGGACACUCUCACGGUGGAAGCAAUCCGGUACUCAAUAAUAAGAAAGAGCGACCGGACUCGGACGCGGAGAGUUCGUCGAGCCACACGCACGAGCGCGGAGAGAAUAUCAACGUUCGAGCGGCCUUCAUACACGUGCUCGGAGACUUUCUGCAGAGCUUCGGCGUGUUUGUGGCCGCUAUUGUUAUUUAUUUUAAGCCGGAAUGGAUCCUAGUAGACCCCAUAUGCACGUUCCUGUUCUCCAUCCUGGUGCUGAUCACCACUUUCAACAUUAUCAAGGACACGCUGCUAGUGCUCAUGGAAGGAUCGCCGAGAGGAGUCGAUUUUCAGGAGGUAGCGAACACGUUCCUGUCGCUGCCGGGUGUAGUGCGCGUACAUAAUUUGCGCAUGUGGGCGCUGUCGCUUGAUAAAACUGCGCUCGCUGCACAUUUAGCUAUACGCACAGGCGUCAGUCCACAGAAGAUUCUGGAACAAGCCACACGUCUAGUUCACGAGAAAUACAAUUUCUUCGAAAUGACGUUACAAAUUGAGGAAUUCAACGACGGCAUGGAGGAUUGUAGCCAAUGUAAGAUGCCGCAGGCGUAAAAUUGAUAUCUAUUGCUAUGUGCCGUAAGGUUGAUUUUCCUAUAUAAAAACAGUACCUACAAUAGUUCAUGUUAUUUAUUCAUUUUGAACGUUAUGUUGUGUAGUAGAAGGUUCAUUUUUUAAUUUAAAAUUAUUACGUUAUAGUUGAUGAAGUAAAAUGGUAUUGUAAUGCUGUAAGGUUAAUUUUUUCCUAAAAAAAUGUGUAGUAAGUAUGUAAUAAGUAUAUGUUGUGAAUCGUAAGGCUC